AGUCCUUUGUCAGCUUUAUUAAUAAAUGAAGUAAGCAAGGAUCUGUCCAGGCAGACCUGCAAUGGUGUGGGAGGAAGGGACACAGGAAGCUUUGCGCCCACCUCACACCCUUGCCAUGCAAGUUUCCAAACUUUGGAAAGUCCAGUUAUGGCACACUAGUUGUUUUUAAACAUAUAUUCUUCCUCUUAGUGUUUGAUUUUACUUUUUACUUCACUCAUGGAUCAGGUAUUAGUAGUUUUCACUUCCUUGGGAGCAGGAACUGCUGUAGCUUCUGACUGUUUGUAUCUUCCACCCCAUGUGAUCUUGACAGGCACAAAGCACUCACUCAGUAAGCUAAAUGAAUGGAUACAACUGCCAGUCACAGAGACUUUUCAGGACUGAGAGUCUGCUGUUAACUGUUCACCCAGGGAACGUCAAACUUGGUUUUUGUGUCCAACUGCCAGGCUCUGACUAUGCUAAGACAUUUUGUCCAUUCUGAGCCUGUGAAAAUGCCUCCUUCCCCUCCUUCUAAAACAUCAUUAUUGUUGUUUCUCAGUCUGAGGAUGUUGGGCACCUUUGCCACCUCCCUAGUCUGGCUCCUGGUUGAGGUGGCCAGUGUUGGUGGCUUCUGAGAGGUUUCUUCCUGUUGGACGAUGACGCCAGGGGAAGGUGCCACUUGGCCUGGAAGGUGCGUGGAGCUUGGAGGCUGGUGUACAUGGGCUGCUGACCUAGUGAGUGAGCUUCCUGAGAGCAAGGAAGUCUGCACCAAAACUCGGUUCAGAUGGCGCCACUAGGGGGAUGAUGACAAUAAUGCAGCAGCUAUAGCAGCAGCUGGUGCAGCUGGCAGUCCGUCAAGCACUUUGGGGUAUGUUGUGGACAAACAAUAGACCAAAUUUUUUGUUUCUUCUGGGGCGGAGGCCAUUUGUGAUGAGGAAGGUGAUACUCCCAUCUUUGGAAACUGGGUUAACUCUUUCAGGGUCCUAGAGCUGUACAGAGAUUGGCCUUGGGGGCCUGGAAAAGUUCACCGAGGCUUCCCAGGGUACCUUGCUUCCAGGCUGGGUCAUUUCCUCUUUACUCCCCCCCUCCCCCCAGCUCUGUGCUUUUGCUUUACAGGAGGCCUGGGUGUCAUAUCCAGAGUGCCUAGAAGGAAGUGGAGAAAAGUUUGCAAAUGAGGCCCCACCCCCUUCCCCCAUGCCCUGCCAAGAAAUAAAACAGAAGCUCAAGACCCAAAGAGCGGCUGCUCCCCAAAUUUCUUACAUUAAUUCCGUGGCCUAUUGAGAGUAAUUUAAAUCCGAAUGCCUGGUCUUAACUUUGAAUUACGGCUUACUGAAGCCCUUAGAAGGAGUCUCCUUCUCUAUCUAAAGAGCCAAGAGUCUGGUGCUAUUUUGGUCGGUCUUACAGGCAGAUGGCUGACUUUACACAUCCAGAGUCCCCCUUUCCCCUGCUUUGGUGCUGUAGCUCAUGGCAGGACUGGUUCUUACUGGAGUCAGUCCUGCCCUUCAGAGCCCUCUCUGCCAGUAAGGACCAGAUGGACAGCUUUGGCAGUUUGACCUGAGAGGUGCCAUGGGUUUGGUUGUACUUGUCAUAAUGACAGACCUGUUGGGCAGCUCUGAGUCUUUCCACAUUUGUUUUGGCAAAUGAUGGUGUUCUUGAACUUGAAUGUGUGUAGAGUUUGCAGUGAUGUAGGAUAAUGGGGAGAAGUCAGGAGGCUUCACGUGUGAUUGUUUAGCCUGUCUGAUUAAUUUCUAAACCAGCCUCUGUAAAAUAAAUUGCGAGGUAUGACUCAAUCCAGACCAAGGUGAGGGGAGUCCUGAAUGGGAGCCAAGGUCAGGAUGUGAUCUAUGAGUGGGCGAUAGAUGGGAGACCUGGUGACCCUCAUGUCUGCAGUGGUUCCUAUAGUGCUCAAUGGUCUCUUCCUGUUUCACUUCCAGUGUUCCAGUUGAUGGUAUGAUACUGUUUUGAAUGAAACACAGAUUUAGCCCCUAAGCCUCUGAGAUAAAGAGAUCACUACCCCCCACCCCCUGAUGUGUCCUAGGUGAGAGUGGCAUGGGAUGCCACACUGGUAGGAAGGUGGUGUGUGUAGCCUGGGCUGGGGUGGGUCUUCCUGCAGAAAGAAGAGUGUUGCUAUGGAAGGGCCCUAUGAAUCCAUGCAUGUUUUGUAAAGGAAGAGGACUUUAGCCUGAGACGUGGGCAAUGAAGGUGUCAAAACUGGUCAAUGGCUAACUUCUUGGUGGUUCUGGAAACUCCUCUAAUUUAGAACAGUGCUAGUUUCACCAAAAAGAUGCCCAGAUGUUGCCAUGUGCUCCUGACAGAGCUUGGAACAUGCACUUGUGCAUAAUCCCCCAGCCCAUUCCAUGAAUGUGUAAGAGGGGAAGGUUGGCCCUGCAGUCCCGUCUCUCCCUCCCUCCACCCACCUCAGGCAGAUGGUAAUGUCAUUGUGGCUUCCUGCUCUGGCUUGGCUCUCUGGGAAGUCAUACCUGAAUCACUAUGGCAGUGAGUGAAGAUUUGGCCUUUGCUGGGGUCCAGCUUCCUGGGACCUUGAACACAGCAGGUCAGCUCUGAGCAGGACUAGGAUAGCCAACCUGCACACAGCUCAGGAUAGUAGUUGCUUCAGGACAGGUUGUUCCUGUUGACAUAUGACAGGUGAGGAAACUGAGGUUCAAAGGGGUACAGUGGUCCUUUUAAAGCAGCAGAUUUGUGGCUGCAUUUGAACUGUUGUUACUAGUCAGAAACAGAGCUUGUCUGGCCUAGACUCUAAUUUGGCAGGUGAGGGAACCAGGCUCAGAGAAGGGAAGUGAUUUGGCAGAUUAGGUGUUGUUGGUAAGUGUCAGUCAUUGCUAGGAUCAGAACCCAUACCUCCUGAGUCUCAAUCUGUUCACCCAAGCCACACAGCCUCGUGUUUGGGUAUCUCCACUUUUGGUUUUGUUUUUAAUUUUUCUUACCCCUCAUGUCUUAUUUUUAAAUCGUGGUUUGUUGGUUAAAUUCGGUAUGCUUGUAAGUAGGUCUGACUUAAGUAGGUCUGUUCUUAAGCCUGUUUAGGCUAAGUGGCUUAACAGUACAGUAGAUUGUCUCUGUGGCCCCUUACUGUCCUCUCUCCAUGCUCUGGUUCUUUGUGCAUCCUUUCCCUCACCCUGGUUUGGAAGAGAAGGCAGUCUCUAGUUCCGUGUCCCCGGUAAGUAUUAGUUCUUGUCACCUCACGCCCCCCAUUUCCUUCCUUUUGAGUCUGUUCUACAAAUUGUGGUUUGUAGCGAGCUCUCCUUUUGUACUGUUUGGUGGGCUAAAAUGACAGGAACAGUGGUGAGAAUUACAGUAGUGCUUAUAGGAAACUCAUCUUUCACUUAUUUCUCAUUGGUAAAGGAGUUCUUGACAAGUCAUGCAUGCAGUUGGCUUCAGUUUCAAGAAACAACAUGGGCUGUCUCAUUCCCAUGUUCAGAUUUGUUUUGACUUUGGAGCUCAGCACCUCCAUGUCUCUGAAUAAUGCCAUUCCUUCUCAUCCCCUCAAAUGUUACUUGCUUUAAAAAAGCAGAAAAUCCGUACAACACUGGGAUAGGGCUGGAAAGUCCUGGGGAACUGAGUCUUGGUUAGGUUCAGCAGCUUAUCUUACUGUUGUGUUUUCUCUUUUUUUUCUCUCCAUUAAGAGACCCUCAUAGGGAACCCUGGGCCACAUUGUUUAUCAAGGGGGCAUGGGUCAGGUCCUGUUCUAGCCACUGCUAGCCUUUCCCCAAAUGUGGGCCUCUGAUGGUGUUUGGUAACCUGAAGGACCAGGUGGGGGAAUAUGUAUUCAUCCUAGGUAGUGAAGAAAGCAUUUCCAAAGAUGUGCCUUAUUCUGGAGUGGGGGACAGGGAUGGAGUGUCUAAGGACAGCCGGAAGUAUUUGUCACCUGCUUCUCAGUCCCAGGAGUGAGGUGCACCCAGGAGCUCAUGCUGUAGCUGUGAAGACAAGAUUCUUUUUAGCCCAUUUACGAGAAUUUAGUAACUGCUUACUCUCUGCUGGGAAUCAUGCUUUCCUUAGAGAUGUCAGUACUUCCAGGGACGUGUUUGCAGUGCCUCCACCUUACAGGACAUCAGUUCCUUAACCUUCUUGUACCUGUGAUCAGCAGAACAAGGAUAGCUUCUUAAAUAUUACAACAGAAGAAAAGGCACUUAGCAAAGUUAGGUGGCUUGUCCAGAGUCACACAUCUCAUCUGGAACUGAGCUGGGAAGUGUGGCUUCUGGACUGAAGGCCAGUGCUCUUCCCACUUCUGAUAGUGGUGUAGCAGAUGGAUGCUGAUGAGUUCUUGCUUUGGGCAGGCUCUGUGCCAAGGCAGAGAAUGACUAAGGCUGUUGACCUUGCUUGGUCCUCUCCAAGAAGGGUCUCAUUCCAAGGGUGAGUGACUGAUGGGGAGCUGUUUCUGCUGACUUCAUUCCCUGGAGGUGCCCAAGCAUCACUGCUGACCAAGUCUGCCCUCUUGAAGAUGGCUCGUGCCUGCCCUGGGAUGCAGCCCAGCGCCUAAGGUCCUUACCAUGGUGAUGAUCCUAAGGAGAAACCUCGCCAACCAGGGAGCUGACUCCAUCACAUGCAGGACUUUCAGCCCUGAACUGGCCUGGAUCGCUCUUCUGCUUUCUUCCACUGUGGUUUCACUGAGUUCUGUUUCGGAGGCGUGGGUGCCCUGCUUGUUCCCCUGGCGCAUGGGUCACACGCCAAAGAAGAUGAGUCAAGGACCUACCCUUUUCUCUUGUGGAAUUAUGGAAAAUGACAGAUGGCGAGAUCUGGAUAGGAAAUGCCCUCUUCAGAUUGACCAGCCAAGUGCCAGCAUCUGGGAAUGCCUGCCUGAAAAGUGUCAGGAUGGCUCCCUAUGGCACCGGGAGGCAGUGACUGCCUGUGCAGUGACCAGCCUGAUCAAGGACCUCAGCCUCAGCGACCACAAUGGGAACCCCUCAGCACCCCCUAGCAAGCGCCAGUGCCGGUCCCUGUCCUUCUCCGAUGAGAUGUCCAGUUGCCGGACGUCAUGGCGGCCCUUGGGGUCCAAAGUCUGGACUCCCGUGGAGAAGAGACGAUGCUACAGCGGGGGAAGUGUCCAGCGCUACUCCAGUGGUGCCAGCACCAUGCAGAGGAGCUCCAGCUUCAGCCUCCCUGCCCGGGCCAAUGGGCUCUCCUCACCCUGCCACCAGGUGGGACUGCACCGCUUCGGGGGACAGCCCUGCCAAGGGGCACCAGGCUCGGCCCCCUGUGGACAGGUGGGUGACACCUGGAGUCCUGACCCACACCCCAUGGGAGGGGGCCGGCUGGACCUGCAGCGGUCCCUCUCCUGCUCGCAUGAGCAGUUUUCCUUCGUGGAAUACUGUCCACCCUCAGCCAACAGCACACCUGCCUCAACGCCAGAGCUGAUGAGACGCUCCAGUGGGCUUGCUCGCAGCCGCUCCCAGCCAUGUGUCCUUAACGACAAGAAGGUCGGUGUGAAACGGCGGCGCCCGGAAGAAGUGCAGGAGCAGAGACCCUCCCUAGACCUUGCCAAGAUGGCACAGAACUGUCAGACUUUCAGCAGCCUCAGCUGCCUGAGCACAGGGAUGGAGGACCGAGGCCUGCAGAGCCCCUUCCCUCUCAUCAGCAGCACGCGCUCCUGGACCGCCUUGCUCUCAGCCUCCAGCCCAGGGGGCAGGACCCCGGCUGGGACCCCAGUCCCUGAACCUCUUCCCCCAUCCUUUGAUGGCCUCCUUGCCUGCCAGGAGGACCUGUCCUGUGAGGAGUCAGAUGGCUGCACCUUGGACGAGGAGUGUGGCAGGAGGGGGGAGCCAGCCACAGCUUGGCAGGACCGCGGGACCACUGGGAACAGCCUCUGCUCCCUGGAUGGCGAGCUGGACAUUGAACAGAUAGAGAACAACUGAGUUG